AUGGCCCUUCAAUCCUCUUCUUAUGGUAAAGACAAUGUCAAGUUCCUCAAGGUCAAAAAAGAUCCACAAAAUCCUCAAAAACAUCAAAUCAUCGAAGCUACUGUUAAAGUCCUUUUAGAAGGUUCUUUUGAUACCAGUUAUACCCAUGCUGAUAAUUCAUCUAUUGUUCCAACUGAUACUGUUAAAAAUACAAUCCUAGUCCUUGCAAAAACUACUGAAGUCUUCCCAAUUGAAAACUUUGUUGCUACUAUUGGUCAACAUUUCAUCAAGAAAUAUAAUCAUGUUGAUUCUGUUAGUGUUAAUGUGAUUCAAGAUCGUUGGGUUAAAUAUGAAGUUGAUGGUAAAUUACAUGAUCAUUCAUUUAUUCAUCAAGGUCCUGAAAAACGAAUUACUGAUUUAUAUUUAUCAAGAUCAGGUGAUUAUACUUUAAAAUCAAGUAUUAAAGAUUUAACUGUGUUAAAAUCAACAGGUUCACAAUUCCAUGGUUAUAACGUAUGUGAUUUCACUACAUUAAAACCUGCAUUUGAUAGAAUUUUAUCAACUGAUGUUGAUUCAACUUGGAAAUUUGAUUCUAAAAAACUUGGUCCAAUUUCAAAUAUUUCAAAACUUUCAUCCCAAGGUCUUUUCGAUAAAAUUUAUGAAUAUUUAGCUAGAAAAAUUACAUUGGAUACAUUUGCAUUAGAAAACUCUCCUUCAGUUCAAGGAACAAUGUAUAAUAUGGCUACAGAUAUUCUUUCCAAAGCUAAUGAAGUUGAAAGUGUUGAUUAUUCAUUACCAAAUAAACAUUAUUUCUUGAUGGAUUUUGAAUGGAAAGGUUUGAAAAAUGAUCAAGAAGUAUUUUAUCCAAGUCCUCAUCCAAAUGGAUUGAUUAAAUGUUCUGUUGUUCGUGAUUCAAAAUCAAAAUUAUAG